AUGUACUGGACACUAAAGAUAGAAAAUGUAGGAAUUUCCUUAAAAUCUGAAUUCUCCUCACAAAAGAUUACACCUGUUCUGCAGGCUAUUGAAUGUUUUGGUUCUUUAGGACACUGCAUUGAUUUAGAUCUUGGAGUGGGAAGUGGAACAAUUCAAGAUGGUCAUAUAACUGCUUCUUCUAUAUAUGAUGCCAGCACACCAGCCAAGAAUGGUCGACUGAACUACACUUCAGGGUCAUCUUGGUGUGGAGGAAUGAGUGACACUGUCCCAUAUCUGCAGAUUGAUCUACAGACACUUCAUGUCAUCUGUGCGGUUUCAACUCAAGGGAAUUCUGAAGCAGAUCAGUGGGUGAAGAACUACACACUGCGAUUAUCCACAAACGGGACAACUUGGACAGACUACAAAGAGGGAGGGAAAGUUAAGGUUUUGAUAGGGAAUGAUGACAGGAACUCAGAAGUGAAGCAUGUUGUUUAUGGAGUGUUAACAAGAUAUCUGCGAUUUUUGCCAGAAACACACCAGGGCAGGGUGUGUAUGAGAACAGAGGUGUUUGGAGUAGAAAAAAUGUCAACUUGUAAUACCAAGCCCAUUGGUUUAGCCAUCGGCGGUGAAAUUCCAGACAGCAGCUUUGCAGCCUCAUCAGAAUAUAAUUAUAAAUAUGUAGCUGAACAUGGUCGACUGAAUAACAAUAAGUCAUGGGGACCCGUGGAUAAUAACAAUGCUGAUGACUUCCUACAAAUUGACCUGUUGUAUGAGUAUAUCAUCUGUGCUGUGGCUACUCAGGGAAACCCAAAAAUUGAUUCACCAGAAUGGACUACAUAUUACAAGAUACGUUUAUCAUUUAAUGAUACCACUUUUGACACCUACAAAGAAAACAAUAAUGACAAGGUCUUUCCUGGAAAUACACACCAAAACAUCCCUGUAAUCAACAGUCUUGAUGAAUUUGCAAGUGCACGAUUCAUCCGCUUUGUGCCAACACAAUAUCAUACAUGGAAAAUCCUGAGAGUGGAAGUAUAUGGAGUACUUCUAACAAAAGCGGCGAGAACCAAGGAAAGAGGAGGUUGCGUUGAGUAUUAUCUUGGAAUGCAAAAUGGAGCGAUCCUAGACAAUGAAAUAACUGCUUCUUCCGUACAAAAUGGCAGCACACCAGCCAAGAAUGGUCGAGCGAGCUACACAUCAGGAUCAUCAUGGUGUGCAGGAACAGGUAACACUAAACCAUAUCUGCAGAUUGAUCUAAAGACACUUCAGAUCAUCUGUGCUGUGUCUGCUCAAGGGAAUUGUCACGCAGAUCAGUGGGUGACAAACUACACACUGCAAUUAUUCGCAGUUGGGACAACUUGGGAAGACUAAAGGGAAGGUGGAAAAAUUAAGAUUUUGGUAGGAAAUAACGACAGGAACUCAGAAGUGAAGCAUGUUGUUUAUAGAGUGUUAACAAGAUAUUUGCGAUUUUUGCCAAAGACACACCAGCGUGGGGUGUGUAUGAGAACAGAGGUGUUUGGAGUAGAAAAAAUGUCAACUUGUGAUAUGAAGGCCAUUGGUUUGGCUGACGGUGGUAAAAUUCCAAACAGCAGCUUCACAGCCACGUCAAUAUAUGAUGAUAG